GGUGGGUCAUUUUCUCACUACAUUCGAGUCAUCGUCUGCGCCAAUAUAAAUGUCGACCGUCGCUUCGUCCAUUCUCUCUCCUCCAUUCGCCUCUCUCUCUAUCUCCCUCCACCCAUCGCCCGAAAUUUCUCUCUGGGGAGAGAGGAAGUGAAAGGGAGCGCCCUAGAAAAGGCAGCUCGGCCCGGCGGCUCUCUGCUCACUUUCGCCCCCGACGACUUCGAUCGGGUUUCUAGGGUUCUUCACCGAUCUUCACUUCUAUUGGCGGUGUUACGUAUAGAAUCAUCAGAAGUUUCAAAGAUGGCAAAAGAUAGAAGAGAUCGUUCUAGGUCAUUUGAUAGGUACAGAACUUCCCCAUACUCGAGCAGUUCCAAACGUCCCAAGCUCUCUUCACCCAAAGUGUCAUCAUCAAAGCCAGAUGAAAACAUAAAAGAAUUUGAAGAUGCACGGUGCCCCGUCUGUAUGGAGCAUCCCCACAACGCCAUCCUCCUGAUUUGCUCAUCACACGACAAAGGUUGUCGACCGUACAUGUGUGACACCAGUUAUCGCCACUCGAACUGCUUUGAUCAGUUCCGUAAAUCGUUUGAGCAGCAGCCUUCAGCAUCACCACCUGAGGAGACUAGUAUUAGGGGUUCAACCGAGGUAGUAGUCAAUUCCGAGUCAGCAACUGUGUCAAGCUCUGCUGGAACUGGUAGUAUUAGUUGCGACAACAAGGUACCACCUGAGCUGAUGUGCCCGCUAUGCCGAGGCCACAUCAAGACAUGGAUGGUACUGGAACCCGCUCGGAGCUUCAUGAACUCCAAAUCAAGAAGCUGUGCCAGUGAGGCGUGUGAAUUCAGCGGCACGUAUUCCGAUCUGAGGAAGCACGCGAGGCACGAGCACCCUCUCGUUCGCCCGUCAGAGGCCGACCCCGAGAGGCAGCGGAACUGGAGGCGGCUGGAACGCCAGAGGGACAUGGGAGACCUGCUGAGCACGCUGCAGUCCUCGUUUGGGGAAGAGAGGGUGGUACAUGACGAUGACAGCAGCGACAUAAUGAUGCCGCCCAUUGACGAUGGCAGUUUCCUUACCGUGUUCUUUCUCAUUAGGGUGUUUAGGCCGGGAGUCAUGGGCAGUGGCUCGAGAAGUAGAGCGUCAUCACGUGCUCGAAGGCGGUCGACUGCUGCCAGGGAAGCUCUUUUUGGGGAGCCUCGCAAUGAUGAAGAGACGGUAUCUUCUUCCAGAGAUGCUGAGAACAACAAUGAUGAUGACUCGGAUGGAGGAUCCGUGCAUUUGAGGCAAAGCGAGCGGAUCCAGAGGCAGCAGAGAACACCAGACUCGGAUGGGGGCUCUGUGCCUUCGAGGCAAAGCGAGAGGAUUAGGAGGCAGCGAAGGACGCCAGACUCGUCCUGA